UAUCCGCGUUGCUCCCAAGAUGGUGGCGUGGGGCUCGCUGUGAGAGUGAGCGAGUCCGCUACAGGAGGCGCAGCCGCGGGCCUGGCCCGCCCUCUCGCUGUCGGCAGGCCGCUCCCUCGUCCUUUCCCGCCAGGCCGCGUCCCUGUCUUCUCCGCACCGGGGCCCCGACGACUCCUCCGGCAGCAGCAGCGUUGGCGGCGGCUCCUCGCCUGCGGCCCGACCCCGAGCGCAGCGCGGCCCCCGCAUGAGCCCGGGCGGCGGUGCCGGCGGGAGUGACCGGGAGCAGCAGGCCGCGGCGCCCAGGUUGAGCCUGCUUCCCUGUAUUAUGAAAACUGCUGAAUGGAGGAAGAGGGUGGAAGUCAGACUUUAGCGGUACUCUUUCCAUUACCAUUCUGCAUGGUUCUUUACCUGUGUUUUACAGAGUGUUGAAGAAUUAGGAGAAGCUGCAGUUAUUCAGCUGGGUGAACUAAAUGGGUGGCUUGCCUCUGGACCCUGACUCUCACUUCACUGUCUUAGGUACAAGAACCGUAGAAGUGCAUUUUAAAAUUUGAAAGAACAAGUUUCUGCAGCUCUGGAAAGAUAUGCCAUGGAAGUAAUCAGCUGGGGUGGUCCCAGGGCGCUCUGGGCACGAGUAUUGCUGGGUGAUCACUGGCUGCCACCUGCGUGACAAAAUAAAGGACCAACCCUUCAAUUUGUACCGUGGAGCCAGAUCACAGGAAACAGUUGACAGAGUUGUUGAGCUUAUGCUUAGCCCAGCGUGAUACAGGACUGGUGUGACUACUCGUUUUUAAUCAGUGAAUCAAUUGUGAUCACCCUGAUGUCACCGAAUGGCCACAGCUUGUAAAAGAUCACCAGGAGAACCUCACUCUGAAAACAUUGAAACUAGCCGAAUGAAGCGAGCAGCUGCAAAGCAUCUAAUAGAGCGCUACUACCACCAGUUAACUGAGGGCUGUGGAAAUGAAGCCUGCACGAAUGAAUUUUGUGCUUCCUGUCCAACUUUUCUCCGUAUGGAUAACAAUGCAGCAGCCAUUAAGGCCCUCGAGCUUUAUAAGAUUAAUGCAAAACUCUGUGAUCCUCAUCCCUCCAAGAAAGGAACGAGCUCAGCUUACCUAGAAAACAAUUCCAAAGGUGCCCAUAACAAUUCCUGCACUGACAGAAAAAUGAACAAGAAGGAAAUGCAAGGCCCGAGAGAUGACUUUAAAGAUGUGACUUUUCUAACAGAAGACAAGAUAUAUGAAAUUCUUGAACUAUGUCGGGAGAAAGAGGAUUAUUCCCCUUUAAUCCGGGUGAUUGGGAGAGUAUUUUCUAGUGCUGAAGCACUAGUACAGAGUUUCCGAAAAGCCAAGCAGCACACGAAGGAGGAGCUCAAGUCUCUUCAAGGAAAGGAUGAAGACAAAGAUGAAGAUGAAAAGGAAAAAGCUGCCUGUUCGGCUGCUGCUAUGGAAGAAGAUUCAGGUGCAUCAUCAUCUUCAUCAUCAAGAAUAGGUGAUAACACACAGGGAGAUAAUAACCUCCAAAAACUAGGUCCAGAUGAAGUGUCUGUAGAUAUUGAAGCAGUCAGACGGGUCUACGAUAGAUUACUGUCUAACGAAAAAAUAGAAACUGCCUUUUUAAAUGCACUUGUGUACUUGUCACCUAAUGUGGAAUGUGACUUGACUUACCAUAAUGUGUACUCUCGGGAUCCUAACUAUCUGAAUUUGUUUAUUAUCGUUAUGGAGAAUGGCAAUCUUCAUAGCCCAGAAUACCUGGAAAUGGCUCUACCAUUGUUUUGCAAAGCAAUGAGCAAACUGCCCCUUGCAGCUCAAGCAAAACUAGUCAGAUUGUGGUCUAAGUACAGAGCAGACCAAAUUCGGAGAAUGAUGGAAACAUUUCAGCAACUUAUUACUUACAAAGUCAUAAGCAAUGAGUUCAGUAGUCGUAACCUAGUGAAUGAUGAUGAUGCUGUUGUUGCUGCUUCAAAGUGCUUGAAAAUGGUUUACUAUGCAAAUGUAGUAGGAGGGGAUGUGGAUACAGAUCAUAAUGAAGAGGAAGAUGAAGAACCCAUCCCAGAAUCAAGUGAACUAACACUUCAAGAGCUUUUGGGUGAGGAAAGAAGAAAUAAAAAAGGUCCUCGAGUGGACCCACUGGAAACUGAACUUGGUGUUAAAACUAUAGAUUGCAGAAAACCGCUUAUCCCAUUUGAAGAAUUUAUUAAUGAACCACUGAAUGAUGUUCUAGAAAUGGACAAAGACUACACUUUCUUCAAAGUAGAAACAGAAAAUAAAUUCUCUUUUAUGACCUGCCCCUUCAUAUUGAAUGCUGUUACCAAGAACCUGGGAUUGUAUUAUGACAACAGAAUCCGGAUGUACAGUGAAAGACGCAUAACUGUGCUCUACAGCUUAGUUCAAGGACAGCAGCUCAACCCAUAUUUGCGACUUAAAGUGAGACGUGAUCACAUCAUAGAUGAUGCGCUUGUCCGGCUAGAGAUGAUUGCCAUGGAAAAUCCUGCAGACUUGAAGAAGCAAUUGUAUGUUGAAUUUGAAGGAGAGCAAGGGGUAGAUGAAGGAGGUGUUUCCAAAGAAUUUUUUCAACUGGUUGUGGAAGAAAUCUUCAAUCCAGAUAUUGGCAUGUUCACAUAUGAUGAAUCUACAAAACUGUUUUGGUUUAAUCCGUCCUCUUUUGAAACCGAGGGUCAGUUUACACUGAUUGGCAUAGUACUGGGGCUGGCUAUUUACAAUAACUGUAUACUGGACGUACAUUUUCCCAUGGUUGUCUACAGGAAGCUAAUGGGCAAAAAAGGAACUUUCCGUGAUCUGGCAGAUUCUCAUCCUGUUCUUUACCAGAGCUUGAGAGACUUGCUAGAGUAUGAAGGAAGUGUGGAAGAUGAUAUGAUGAUAACGUUUCAAAUAUCUCACACGGAUCUCUUUGGCAAUCCAAUGAUGCAUGAUUUAAAGGAAAACGGUGAUAAAAUUCCUAUUACAAAUGAAAAUAGAAAGGAAUUUGUCAAUCUGUAUGCUGACUAUAUACUCAAUAAAUCAGUAGAAAAGCAGUUCAAGGCCUUUCGGAGAGGAUUCCACAUGGUGACCAAUGAAUCUCCUUUGAAAUAUUUAUUUAGACCAGAGGAAAUUGAAUUACUUAUAUGUGGAAGUAGGAAUUUAGAUUUUCAAGCACUAGAAGAAACUACAGAAUAUGAUGGUGGCUAUACCAGAGACUCUCUUAUUAUUAGGGAAUUCUGGGAAAUUGUCCAUUCAUUUACAGACGAACAGAAAAGGCUAUUCUUACAGUUUACAACAGGCACAGACAGAGCCCCUGUGGGAGGACUUGGAAAGUUAAAGAUGAUCAUAGCCAAAAAUGGCCCAGAUACAGAGAGGUUACCUACAUCUCACACAUGCUUUAAUGUACUUUUGCUUCCGGAGUACUCAAGCAAAGAAAAGCUUAAGGAGAGAUUAUUGAAGGCCAUCACAUAUGCCAAAGGAUUUGGCAUGCUGUAAUGAAUAUAACAAAAUAGAAAAAAGUAUAUAAAAAAAGGGAUUAAAAAAUGAUGGUGAUGAUGUCCCUGUCUAAAAAGGCCAUAAGAUAGUGAGCUACAGUAGUCACCUGUGUUUGUGCCUCCCUUCUUUACUGGGGACAUUGGGCUGGAACAGCAGAUUUCAGCUGCUUAUAUGAACAAAAUCUUUAUUUUUUCUUUUAGCGUGAAAGUGUUACAUAUUCUUUCACUUGUAUGUACAGAGAGGUUUUCCUGAAUAUUUAUUUUAAGGGUUAAAUCACUUUUGCUUGUGUUUAUUACUGCUUGAAGUUGAGCCUUUUUGAGUAUUUACAAGAAAACAAACUGUACUCUCCCAAGGAAAAUAUUGCCAUCAUUUGUAGACCAUGUAACCUUCAAGUAUGUGCUAUAUUUUUGUCCCUGUAUCUAAUCAAAUCAAGAACUGUACUUUUUGAAGAGUUUGCUUUUGAAACUUGAAGUCUUGGAAAACAGUGUGAUGCAAUUACUGCUGUUCUAGCCCCCAAAGAGUUUCUGUGCAAAAUCUUAAGAAUCAAUAAAGACGGAAGGGAGAACUUGGAAUGUUAAAUUGCAGCCUUGAGAACUUUACUUUAGUCACAGCACAACAAUUAAAUCUCAUUUCACUAUAUGUUGCCUACA